UUAAAAAAAUAAAAAAUAAAUAAAAAACCCUAAUGCUCAAAUGGGGCAGCCUUACUACACCUUCUACAACUCUGAUCUCAUUUUCUUGAUUAUCUCCAUCAUUUCUUGCCACGUGGCAAGUCCGGCCCGCUCCGAUCGGGCCUCCCUCCUCUCAUUCGCCUCCGGCGUGACGGCCGACCCGACCGGCGCAAUCGCCAGCUGGCGAUCGCCGUCGCCCGACGGGUGCGAUUGGGCCGGCAUUACGUGCGACGAGAAGAUCAAUCGAGUCGUCGAGCUCAACUUAAGCCAUAAGUCGUUACACGGUACGAUUUCGCCGGCGAUCUUCCACUUGUCGAAGCUCGAGAUUCUAGAUUUGUCCGGAAACUUCUUCUCCGGUCGAAUCCCAUCCGAGAUCGGCUUGGCGAUCGCGCUCAAAGAACUAAGCUUGUCGUCGAAUUAUCUAACGGGGACGAUCCCGACGGAGAUGGGAUCGUUGCGCGAAUUAGUGUACCUCAACUUGGGAAGCAAUAAACUAUCGGGCGAAAUCCCGACGUCUAUUUUGUGCAACGGGACGUCUGUUUUGCAAUAUUUCGACCUUUCGAACAACUCGUUGGUCGGAAAAAUUCCCGUCGACGAUCAGUGCGAAGCUAAGGAGCUACAGUACAUUCUUCUAUGGUCGAAUCGACUUGAAGGUAAAGUUCCUCCCGUUCUAUCGAACUUUACGAAACUUGAGUGGCUCGACUUGGAGACGAACUUUCUAACCGGUGAAUUGCCGUCGGAGAUCUUUCGCGCCAUGCCGCACUUGACGUUUCUCUACCUAUCGAACAACCGUUUCUCUGGCCACAACGGUAACUCCGACCUCGAGCCAUUUUUUGCAUCGUUAGCGAACUCGACUAACCUAAAAGAGCUCGACUUGGCAGGGAACGAUCUCGGUGGCGAGUUGCCGGAGAUCGUCGGCGAUCUCUCCUCUCUCGUGCAAAUCAACCUCGAUCGCAAUUUGAUUCAUGGAUCGAUCCCGCAACAAAUUUCGAAUCUUGUCAAUUUGACGCUUCUAAACUUAUCGAGUAAUCGCCUACACGGCUCCAUCCCGUCGGAGUUGAGCCGGAUGUCGAGCCUCGAGAGGUUGCUUAUAUCGAAUAACUCGUUAUCGGGUCAAAUUCCGUCGUCCUUCGGAAAUAUGUCUCGGUUAGGUCUACUAGACUUGUCGAGAAACCGGCUCUCGGGUACGAUCCCGGAUAGCUUUGCGAACCUCGUACAAUUAAGGCGACUAUUGUUGUACGAUAACCAUUUAUCGGGCAACAUUCCUCCGAGCCUCGGACAAUGCGUGAACUUGGAGAUUCUCGACUUGUCGGAUAACGGUAUCUCCGGGGAGAUUCCAGGGGAAGUCGCCGGAUUGACGAGUUUGAAGCUUUACUUGAACUUGUCGAGAAAUCUUCUCACCGGAAACGUUCCGUUGGAGCUAAGUAAAAUGGAUAUGGUUCUCGCGAUCGACUUGUCUUCGAACAACCUCUCCGGCGGCUUACCUCCACAGCUCGGAAGCUGCAUUGCGCUCGAGCAUUUGAAUUUGUCGAACAACGCCCUCGAAGGUCAGUUUCCGGCGGCCAUAGGCAGCCUGCCUUAUCUUAAAGAAAUCGACGUGUCGUUUAACCGGUUGAGUGGGAAGUUACCGGCGACUUUGCAGGAAUCGACGACGUUGAAGACGAUGAACUUCUCCUACAACAAAUUCUCCGGAAACGUAACGAAUAAGGGCGCGUUCUCGUCCGUCGCAGCUAGUUCGUUCCUCGGGAACGAGAGGUUAUGCGGCUCGAUCGAGGCGAUGCGCAAGUGUCGGGCGAAGCACGCUCGCCGUUUCUUGAUCGAAAUUCUUCUGUCGUUGCUCGCGAUUCCGAUGUUAUGCAUAUUGGGAUGUCUUCUGAUGCUUCGAUCAAAGGUCGCAUGUCGAAUUCCGGUUUUGAGACGAAACGAUGAUUAUGUUGGCUACGAAGACGAAGCUAUGUCGGAAGAGGUUAAGUAUCCGAGAAUUUCUCGGAGGCAACUCGUCGAAGCGACCGAAGGAUUCAGCAGCUCGAGCCUAGUCGGGUCGGGGAGAUUCGGGCAUGUUUACAAGGGAGUUCUUAAGGACAAGACGGCGAUCGCCGUCAAGGUUCUCGACUGCGUGCCGUCAGGCGGGGAGACGUCGAUUUCGAUUUCAGAGAGUUUCAAGAGGGAAUGCCAGAUCUUGAAAAGAACAAGGCAUAGAAACUUGAUCAAGAUCAUAACAACUUGUAGUAGGCCUGAUUUCAAGGCUCUUGUUCUUCCGUUGAUGUCGAACGGCAGCCUCGACGAUCAUCUGUACCCGAUCGACGAUCCGAAGCAUCGCCUCGACCUGAUUCAGCUCGUCGGAAUUUGCAGCGACGUCGCCGAAGGGAUGGCCUAUCUGCACCACCACGCUCCGGUGAGAGUCGUACAUUGCGACCUCAAGCCGAGCAACAUUCUUCUCAACGAAAAAAUGACAGCUUUGGUCACCGAUUUCGGAAUCGCGAGGCUCGUCGGAGGAUCUGAUGAGAGCUCGUCGUCGACGAAUGAAUCGUCGUCGUACACUUCGACGGAUGCCUUGUUAUGCGGCUCGGUUGGCUACAUCGCCCCCGAAUACGGAUUGGGAAAACACGCUUCUCCGAAAGGCGAUGUCUACAGCUUCGGCGUUCUUUUGUUAGAAAUUGUGACGGGGAAGCGCCCCACCGACCAGCUUUUUCGGGCCGGGUCGAGCCUGCCCGAAUGGAUGAAGAGACAGUAUCCUGACAGGCUCGGCCCGAUCGUUGAAGAAGCGAUGACGAGGUACGCGAUACGCACAAUUGAUACGUUCGAUCGGAAAAUGUCGACCGACAUCAUUUUAGAAUUGGUCGAAAUCGGGCUGAUCUGCACCCAGCACAGUCCCGUCGCUCGACCGACGAUGCUUAACGUUGCGCACGAAAUUGGCCUUCUGAAGCAGUAUCUUUGCAGCCCGGCUAACGUUGUUUUCCCCGAAGAACAAUUAUCGACAAAUUGAUGGGUUCGAUUGAUCGAAUGUUCGACGAUUCUGUUUGUCAUCGGACAUCGGUUGCUCAGAAAAA